CGCCCGGCAUUCGCGCUCUUCUGCUGACAGCACGCGCUUCAUAUAACUAUUGAAAACUGGCUUUUAAAGUUAAAUAUAAGACUAGAAAUCUAAUACACUUUGGCCAGUAUUAGAAAGACACUCACGUUUGAUUCAGUCAAGUGAAAUUCAUUAGCAUCGUUAAUAGUUCGAGAGCACUGAACGCUCUGGCACAAACGAGUAUGGACAGUUUCAGACUGUGCGGAGAAAAGAUGCUAAACAUCAAGAAGUUGUGGAUAUAAACGGACAGAAGAACAGAGCACAUUCCUAAUAUCCUAUGGCUUGAAGUUUCAGGCUUCUUCCCUGGCCACAGCUCAUGGAUUUCCUCACGGAGUAUCCCUACAAUGACACUUAUUAUGACAACGGGACCGGGGCCCUCAACAGCACAAGCUGUGGGGCCAAGCAUCAGUAUAACUACUAUGCCAUGCUCCUGACUCUCCUCAUCUUUGUCAUUGUCUUCGGCAAUGUGUUGGUGUGUAUGGCAGUCUCCCGAGAGAAAGCGUUGCAGACCACCACUAAUUACCUCAUUGUCAGCCUGGCGGUGGCAGAUCUUCUCGUGGCCACAUUAGUUAUGCCCUGGGUGGUGUACCUUGAGGUGGUGGGGGAGUGGCGCUUCAGUAAAAUCCACUGUGACGUGUUCGUCACCCUGGACGUCAUGAUGUGUACAGCCAGCAUUCUUAAUCUGUGUGCCAUUAGUAUUGACAGGUACACAGCUGUUGCUAUGCCGAUGUUGUACAACACACGCUACAGCUCCAAGAGACGAGUCACGGUAAUGAUCUCGGUGGUUUGGGUGCUUUCGUUCGCUAUUUCUUGCCCCCUGCUGUUUGGAUUAAAUAACACAGCUACACGGGACGAUACCAUAUGUGAAAUCGCCAACCCCGCUUUUGUUGUCUACUCCUCCAUCAUGUCAUUCUACGUGCCCUUCAUCAUCACCCUUCUCGUGUACGUGCAGAUCUACGUGGUUCUUCGUAAGCGUCGAAAACGGGUCAACACUAAACGGAGCUGCCAGAAGACAGAUGCUGAUGCUCAGCCCUCUCUCAAGGAAAAGUGCACUCAUCCUGAAGAUGUGAAACUGUGCACAGUUAUCAUUAAGACCAACGGGGGUUUACCUGCCAAAAACAAGAAAGCACAACUAAUAAAGGAGGUCCUGCACCAGGGUGGUGAUGUGGGGGUGGACAUUGCGCCAGGCACCAGCCCUCCAGAGAAAAAGAAACUGGCAUCCACUCUGGUCGUCGACCUGCUGGCCAAACCAAGCCCCAUCCAUGGCUCUCCCUCCCACGGUGAAUGUCAGUCAAAUGGAGAUGAGAAAAAUGGGCAUGCCAAGGAGGUCCAGACCCCUAAAGAAGCCAAACCUGUUGAAACUCAGGCACUGCCCAAUGGCAAAACCCGAACUACAGUGACCAAAACCAUGAGCAAGAGAAAGAUAUCCCAGCAUAAAGAAAAGAAGGCUACUCAGAUGCUGGCUAUUGUUCUAGGUGUUUUCAUUAUUUGCUGGCUGCCCUUUUUUAUUACUCACAUUUUGAAAACUCACUGCACGAGCUGUGUGGUGCCCCUGGAAAUGUACAAUGCCUUCACUUGGCUGGGAUAUGUGAACAGCGCCGUCAACCCCAUCAUAUAUACCACGUUCAAUGUGGAGUUCAGAAAGGCUUUCAUAAAGAUAUUGCACUGCUGAGGACAUUCACUGCACGCAUAGAGGAGGGGAGAUGGAGGAUUUCACAAGAGGUUAGUGCCAUCUUUCACCGCCAUGUGAAAUGAGGGAUUUACAAAGCCAUGCUUUUAGGGCAGAGCGGAAGAACUCAUUACAGAAAGUGGAGGUUCAAAUGAAUGUAAAAGCAGAGUUUUAUUUGUGUGCCUCCAUUAUUUCUGGCAGUGGAGUGCACGUGCAAAUGUGUGUUUAUUCUCUUUGGAACUGGAGUGUGAAUGUGAUUAAUUGUAGAAUUGAAGCAAAUUUGAGAUGAUCGGUAAUUGGAUUUUGCCACAGAGACUUUUAUGCAAGCAGAGACCUGAAUGUUGUAAUUACAUCAUUAUAUCAAUUUAGUGGCGAGCAACUGGUUACAAAAUGCUUACAGCUCUGUUUGUUCAAGUAUUUAUUUAAUCACCAAUCUAUUUAUUUGUUUGAGAACUUGUUAAUAAAGAGAUAGCUAUUGUAAAGACAAAUAAAUGAGGUGAAAAUGCCAAUUAUGGUUUUAUAAAGCCAGAACAUAAAGAUACUAAAGGUGCACUCAGUAAUGUUUUGUUUAUGUUGCACUGGGGGCAUAGAGUGCAGAAUUAUGCAAUUUAAAGGAACAGUUCACACAAACAAUGAACAUUUCCCAAAAAUGUACUCACCCUCAGUCCAUCCAAGAUGUAUUUGAAUUUGUUUCUUUCUUUGGAACAUAUUUGGAGAAAUGUAUUAGCAUUACGACACUAGCUCAUCAAUGGAUGCUCUGCAGUGGAUAGGUGUAACUGUCACUUCUGGCCAAAAUACCAUAAUCUAUAAUAAUGCUUCGUUCCGUUAAAAAGCCUAUCCCCUGUUGUCCUCUCACAUCAAAAUCCACUGCCUGUUUUUGCUUGAUUUGUGAAUAUUUCUCUCCUGAUUCAGAUGAGCAACUUUUUCACUGGAGAAAACUAUAUUAUGGAUAGAGGACUCAUAUUUUAGCCGGAAGCAACUGUUUAAAGUUAUAACAUCUUAAUUAUUGAUUUGUUUCUUAGAAGCACAGUUUUUCACCUCACAAGAUAUUAACUGACUGGAGUCGUAUGGAUUAUUGUGAUGUUUUUUUCAGCUGUUUGGUCUCUCAUUCUGACGACACCCAUU